UUGUCCUGGACAUACCAGUUGUAUCAGUUCUUGCUUUGCAGCAUUUCAAGACAGUUUCAAAGCUUACCUCAGCUUUUGUUUCUCCCCAUUAGCUGCCCUGGGAAGAGUGUCUGGAGACUUAUUCAUAUUGCCUGAUGGAGUCCUGUUCAUAGUGCUAGGGGGUGUCCGCGUCAUUGUUCCUGGGGGUGUCCGCGUCAUAGUCCCUGGGGGAGACCGUGUCACUAUACUAUGGUUGUUGCGGUUCAUUGUACUAGGGGGUGUUAGGGUCAUGGUCCCUGGGGGCGUACGUGAUGAUCCCGCAUCGAUUCCAGAGCGAGAAUCAAAACUAGAAUAGUGGCGGUUUGGACU